AUGGUAUGCUCUGUGGACGAUAGGAAGCAGUCAAGAGGUGCUGUUCGACGCCGGGCAGUGCAUGCUGAACCUCGAGCUCCAAUUGGCAAGAAAUUCGUCCACAAGUCCAUUGAAAAGUCGAAUAAAUCGGUAGCGAAAGGUUCUGAAGCUGAAGCUAAGAAAACACCAUAUGAGCACUGGAUUGAUCAGGUCAUUGAUAUGGGUAUUCGAAAUAUAAGAAGGGAAUUUGUCAACACAAUAAGGACUUACACUCCAACUGGUUCUAUGUCUGCUUGGGAAGCUGACAAAAACUAUGACAAGAAUCGUUUUUUUUUUUUAAUUUGUGAUAUUGUAAAUACAAAUACAGCAGUUAAAAUAACAAUACUAGGUGAAGACUAUUACCAUGCUUCAUAUGUGCACAUUAAUGAAAACCUUGUUUUCAUCUGCGCACAAGGUCCAUUACCCAAUACCAUUGAAGACUUUUGGUCUCUGAUUAUUCAGGAAGGAUCAAAGGUAAUUGUACAAUUAUGUCAAUGGCAAGAGGAUGGUAAAAAUCAGUGCACUGAAUACUUUCCUAAAGACGAUACUGAAUGGAAAGAUUAUGGAGCAAUUCGGGUCAAAGUUAUCGAGAAAACAUCUCCAGUGGCACAGCUCCGAAAAGUUUAUCGAACUAAACUACGAGCUGUUCAAAAAGAAAAAAAGCAUGAGGUAUUGCACCUCUUGUAUGGUGGAUGGCCAGAUCAUUUCGUCGCAGACUCGACACCAGUCUGUCGUGAAGUGAGGGCCCAUGCUCUGAAAUUGGCCGAAAAAACACCUGUUAUCGUCCAUUGCAGCGCAGGCAUUGGAAGAACAGGCACAUUUGCGGCCAUUUCAAUGGCAGUCGAUAGAUUGAAAACUACUGAAAGUCUAUCCAUAGCUGAAGUAGUUAAAGAUCUGCGUGAUCAAAGAAUGCAUUCGGUGCAAAACGAUCAGGCAAGUUAUCAAUAUUUAUUCAUCUAUCGAAUGGUAAUUGAGAUUUUACUGGCUGAAGACUUACUGAUCAAGAAUCCUGAUAUUAUAUCGCUGAUAAAAGAGUACGACGAUCUUGUCGCACGUAAACGUCAAGAAAGAAACAAGAAAAAUAAAAAAUAA